AUGCCUCCAUUCGAUAUAGUCAACAGGCUUUUGCCAACCGCUCAACAAUGGAGAUGGUACGGUAUUGGUGCUUUAUCUCUCAAGAUGUAUGGAAGUCGUACAGUAUGGCUCUUGCAAGCACAAAUCAUUGGCGAAUUACAAGAUGAAGACGCGAUAGCAUUCAAAAAGAUGGCAUGCGAUGAAUGUACCAUGAUCGCCGUAGCUGCUGCAAUUGUUGCACAAAUUGCUAUCACAGGAUUAUCAUUGGACUCUUUGAACAAAACUCAUUGGACAGCAAAAUCUUGUUUUGUGAUGAGCUUAACCUUUUCUUUGGUAUCGGUGUACUAUUCCGUUACCCAGAAAAGAAUCCUCGGUCGACUAAUCAAAGCAAGAGAUGUUCGUCAUUGGAUACGAGGGAGGAAACAGGCCAUCAACCGAGUCUUUUCUAUGGAAGUAGGGUUCAAGCUUGAUCCUUGUGAGCCCGACGAUUACUUACCGGAGGACUUAGAUGUUCGCGAUCUUAAGGAGGAUUUCCAGAGACAAUGCUUUAUCCCGAGUCCUUUAUCCGUAAUCACCCUUUCUGCCCCUCAGAUGUUGCUUUCUGGCUCUCUUUCUCUGCUUCUUAUCAGUUUGGGGAUAUAUUUAGGUAAGUUCUGGAUUCGUGGACUAGAUACUACGGAACCAGCUACUGACUCGAGAAAUGUCUUCAUAUUGUACUUUGUUGGGCUAUACUUUUCUGGAGGUAUGUAUGUGGUUUUGGGAUGGUUUCGUGGCCAAGAUAAGCGUUCGGAAUCAGAUAUCAUUGAUGGUUAUAUGAAUGAAUACUUAGCUAGCCACCCUGACGUGUUGGCUCGAUGGAAUGUUGACCGACAUUGGUGUCUUCAGAAUGGGACUCUGAAGCCGAUUCCUGGCACCGAAAUCGAGGAAAACCUCACAAUUGUGCGGAAUGAGAUGGAGGAGAUGAAUAACGUCUGA